CUACGGUCUCUUGAGCAUAUACAAAGAAAAAUAAAUGGAGAACGGCAAAUGCAACGGAGGCACGACGGUGAAGUUACCGGAGAUCAAAUUCACCAAGCUUUUCAUCAACGGCCAGUUUCUUGAUGCUGCUUCAGGGAAGACGUUUGAGACAAUAGACCCAAGGAACGGUGAAGUGAUCGCAAAAAUAGCUGAAGGAGAUAAAGAAGACGUUGACUUGGCCGUUAAAGCUGCCCGUCACGCCUUCGACCAUGGUCCUUGGCCUCGCAUGACCGGCUUCGAAAGAGCAAAGCUUAUAAACAAAUUCGCAGACUUAAUAGAGCAAAACAUUGAAGAAUUGGCUAAACUUGAUGCGGUUGACGGUGGAAAAUUGUUCCAAUUGGGGAAAUUUGCUGAUAUUCCUGCCACAGCCGGUCAUUUUCGAUACAAUGCGGGUGCAGCGGAUAAAAUCCACGGCGAAACUCUUAAAAUGACGCGUCAACCUUUGUUCGGAUACACCCUCAAAGAACCUAUUGGAGUGGUUGGUAAUAUCAUCCCUUGGAAUUUCCCAAGCAUUAUGUUUGCCACAAAAGUGGCUCCGGCUAUGGCUGCUGGUUGCACCAUGGUGGUCAAGCCAGCUGAACAGACUUCUCUCUCUGCUCUGUUCUAUGCCCAUCUCUCAAAAGAAGCGGGAAUUCCGGAUGGUGUGCUCAACAUUGUAACUGGUUUUGGAUCAACUGCUGGAGCUGCCAUUGCCUCCCAUAUGGACAUAGACAAAGUUAGUUUCACUGGAUCAACAGAUGUUGGAAGGAAGAUAAUGCAAGCCGCAGCCACAAGUAAUCUCAAAAAAGUUUCCCUUGAACUAGGCGGGAAAUCGCCUCUUCUCAUAUUCAACGACGCUGAUAUUGACAAAGCCGCUGAUCUUGCGCUUCUCGGUUGCUUCUACAACAAGGGUGAGAUUUGCGUGGCGAGCUCUCGUGUGUUUGUUCAAGAAGGUAUAUACGAUAAGGUUGUGGAGAAGUUAAUAGAGAAGGCUAAAGAUUGGACCGUUGGUGACCCUUUUGAUUCCACUGCUAAACAAGGACCUCAAGUGGAUAAAAGACAAUUUGAGAAGAUUCUAUCUUACAUUGAGCACGGUAAAAACGAAGGAGCAACCUUAUUAACUGGAGGUAAAGCCAUUGGAGACAAAGGAUACUUCAUCGAACCAACUAUAUUCGCAGAUGUCACCGAGGAUAUGAAGAUAUACCAAGAUGAAAUCUUUGGACCAGUCAUGUCAUUGAUGAAAUUCAAGACGGUAGAAGAAGGGAUCAAAUGCGCAAACAACACGAAAUACGGUCUUGCAGCAGGAAUACUGAGCCAAAACAUAGACUUGAUCAACACGGUUUCGAGGUCAAUCAAAGCUGGAAUCAUUUGGGUUAAUUGCUAUUUCGGGUUUGAUCUUGAUUGUCCUUACGGUGGCUACAAGAUGAGUGGCAAUUGUCGUGAAAGCGGCAUGGAUGCUCUCGACAACUUUCUACAAACCAAAUCCGUCGUUAUGCCUCUUCACAAUUCCCCUUGGAUGUAGUAAAAUUGUUCAUAAACAUAUAGAAGAAAACUUAAUCAAACAAUAAGACCAAGGCUUGAAU